AGAGAGUCUAAGACGAGAAGCCGAAAACCUACGACUAUUAAACGCAGUACGGCAUCCAAACUUCCCUGUUUUGUUGACAUACAGCACUAAAACCCUGCCAUACCACCUUAUUACCGCAUUUGAAAAAUCAGGAGAUCUGUUGCAGUUUGUUCAGAGGUCACGCGGGCCAAAUCAUCCUAUUCAACCAGUCCAACUCAUUAAGAUGAUUUUAGAUAUCACUGACGCACUCCUCUUUUUAGAAGAAAAAGGUUUGGUCCACCGCGCUGUAAUGGCGGCAAACGUUCUCGUGGGAGACGGAUACAUCUGUAAAUUGAGUGGUAUGCAACACCUUCGGAAGCUUACCAGACAGACUGAAGAUCCCGAUUCAUUGUACAGUUAUUGCUCAUCUGAUGACGAUCUCCCAGAUUUUGUCAACUCAGGAAAUGAGGAGAAGCUUCCGCUAAGAUGGAAGGCACCAGAAGUUCUCUUAGAAUGCCGUUUUUCUACUGCCUCCGAUGUGUGGGCCCUUGGGGUCCUAAUGUACGAGGUGCUUACUUACGGGUGUCUUCCCUACAGACUCAUCUCGGACAAUGAGGAGUUGUACUCAAGAGUGAAGAAUGGUAGAGAGAUCCUGCCUUUUGAGUCGUGCUUUGAAGAAGAUGAAUAUUGCCUGAUGCAGCAGUGCUUUCAAUUCCAACGACGCAGGAGACCCAAACUACAUAACGUCAGAAGCAGGCUUUGUGAGAUGAUCGAAAAUGCAGACAAAGAGCAAGUACGGUGUGAUCCGCCACCCCUCAGAGCGUGCGGAAUAUUUCCUACAAGAAAUAUUGAAGAUGCAUGCUGCUCUUAUUCAGACUCAGUUUGCAAAGAAUGUACUUCUCAGUCUGCCGAUGAAGGCCCUACUUUGUCAAAUGGUUCUUACUAUGUACACAACUUGAUGUCACACAAAGAGAGAGUGAAGGAACAAAUAUCAAACCGUAACCCAUCUUUAGAUUUGGAUGAUCUUCCAAGAAAAAUUCCGUUGGGUCGGACUUCAGACUCCUAUGUCAGCGAGAAGAUCAGAACAAUGGAUGAUCAUCACCUUAGAGGUCUCCUCGCUCUCAAACAUCCAAACCUUGUUACCUUGAAAAUAGACAAUUUGGAUUCACAUUGUCUAAUAGCAAAUAUCAUCACCGAAGAAGCUCCUCUUGGUAAUUUAAAGAAUUACGUUCUCGAAAGGCGAUGUCAAUUGGGUGAUAUAGUAACUUUCCUAUCUCAAGUGGCGUCUGCUUUGCAUUAUCUCCAUGAAAAUCACAUCGUACACGGAGACCUUCGUGCGACGUAUGUUAACGUCGUAUCGCCCGCCAAGAUCAAGGUUGCGCGUCUGGGUCGUUCAAAGCCUCUUGUUAUGAGUGAAUACGAAGUUACGAGCACUUCAUGCGUGGUGAAGGUCGCCAUGCAUCCUGACGCAACACGUUGGAGUGCACCAGAGGUUAUCCUGGAUGGACAUUACACUCAUGCAAGUGAUGUCUGGUCAUUUGGCAUUCUUGCAUGGGAGCUAUAUACAUCAUUCGCAGAUGGACUAGAUGGAAGAGACUCCUCUCUACCUUUCUUUGAUCUGGGAAAUGAAGAGAUAUUACGUCAUUUGAGAGACAAUGGACCGUUAGAGAAACCAGAAGGCUGUCCUGAAUGGGUAUAUAUCAUUAUGCAUCAGUGUUGGGCAUAUGUCCCACAGCAGCGACCUCCCUUUUUGGCCAUUUUUGACUGCCUCACCAGCAGGGAGCCAAUGAAUUCCUGGAUUAUGAAGAUAUGGCUGAAAACUCAUGACAAGAGUGAAUGGCCAGAUUUGUCCACCCCUCAACCACGAGGUGCCUGCCAUGUAACAUGUUCAGAAAAACACUCCUCUAAUGAUAUCAUUGAGAAGAUGUGCUCACCUGACUUUUUCUCUGAGAACGAAUACACAUAUGUUUGCAGAAGGUCUGGAAUAGCAGGCGGCAAAGAUGUUUACUCAAAAACAGACGGAACGUUAGAUGUCACGGAUGAUAUCUAUCAGUACCCAACGGUCUAUAGUAGCUAUAUUAAGUUGGAAGAAAAUCCAGAGCUUGUGCCACAAAAGGCACCCAUCAACAAUGACGCUAGCUACUUAUAUCCUGUUUCAACAACAGUUGGAGACCUGAGCUCUUUUGAAGGUAAUGAGGAAAACGACAAUGGUGUUACUGAAUCCACAAGAGGCCAUGGAGGAGGAAGAGUAGUACCAACUACAAGAACUUUCAAUCCCCAAGUUAAAAAGUUAAAGAAAAGGUCUGGAGCACAUGGCAGCAGUGCAGUUGAUCUGAAUAACGGCAAGGCUUCCCUACUAGAGGAUACACCUGAUUUGCUGUAUGUUAAUCUGGGGACUCAGCCAGAUCAGGAAUACACUCCGUUGUAUGAAAACAUAAAAGUAAUUCCUAGAGAGACGAGCUCUAAACGCGAAGAAUAUGUGGAGGGAGGUAAAGUGACUUGUUUAAAUCCCGUAGAAAAAAGAAAUAGGGCAGUAUAUCCCAAAGUCAAGAGGGCAGAAAAUACGCGUGGACUCGGAGACCAAUUGGUUUUACCGAAUCAUCAGUUGUAUGCAAACUUGGUGGCCAGCAGUGAUGACACGCAUGCACUGUUGCUCUCAGACAUACAAGCUGAACAAUGGAACAUGGAAAUUUUAUAUGAGAAAAAUAGUCGUAAUUCCACCCAACCAGUUUGGCCACAAGAUCCUGAAUUAGAGAUCACCUUUUUCGUUUAAGUGCAGAGUCACCAUUAAAGCGCUGAAAUAAUUUGAAAUUUGAAAUUCAAACUGAUCGGGAAAAAACAUGUUUGAAAUUCCUAAGUCAUGUAUUCAUUCAUGACGUUCUGUAGAUAGUAUGAAAAUAUCUUGCAAAAUCCUUCUCAUUAUAAAAUGGAAGUCGGCAU